UGGGUUUGAAUAUGAGUUUCAUGGGAAAAGCACUAUCAACUCAGCAUUUGCCUGGUAAACACUAUGAUGUACCAUCGCGCGAGGAAAUAAAGAAAUGUUUUAGGAUCUGGGAAGAAACAAAAGAUAAAGAAGAAAAGAAGAGUGUGUUCAUCAAUUUUAUGAAAGAGACAGUCAAUCUUAGCAAAGUAGAUGACUCCAUGCUGAUAGCUGGAAUAGUAACACCUCCUGCAGCCAUGGUGGCUAAGAGAGCUGGAGAAACGAUUCUCCGGCUGAAAGUGUUGAAGGCCAUUCCCGACGUCCUCUUCGUUCCCUCGGCGACGUUGGUGGCUCUAAUCUCUGUUAAGUUCUUCAGAAGGUUUUUCUUGAAAAAAAUAGCAACCUGAAUGUGCCUAAUGUGGCCUCUUCCUUUAUCUUUUAUAUGACAUACCAAAAAGUAGUUAUCUAUUAGUGCUAUCGCAGUUGUAAUAACUAAAGGCAAACA